GUGUUUCUUAAUGUUUCAUCAUUUCUCGUCCACAGGGUUGUUUUACAGGUUCCGGAUGCUCGACCCCCAACUGAUACCGUGACUCGAGAGUGGGAGGCGGGGGCGAGGGGAGGCGGAGGCGGAGGCGGGGCGUAGCAGCCCGGGUCUUCAGGCGGCAUGAGCGGGGGAACGGAGCAAGCCGACAUCCUCAGUGUGCUCUCCCUGGUGAAGGAACGAUGGAAAGUGGUGAAGAAGAUCGGGGGCGGUGGUUUCGGGGAGAUCUACGAGGCGCUGGACCUGCUGACCCGGGUCAGCGUGGCCCUCAAGGUGGAGUCGGCGCAGCAGCCCAAGCAGGUCCUCAAGAUGGAGGUGGCCGUGCUCAAGAAACUCCAGGGCAAGGACCACGUGUGCCGCUUCGUGGGAUGCGGCCGCAACGACCGCUUCAACUACGUUGUGAUGGAGCUCCAGGGUCGUAAUUUGGCCGACCUGAGGAGGAGCAUGAGCCGGGGGACGUUCAGCAUCAGCACCACCCUGCGUCUGGGCCGCCAGAUCCUGGAGGCCAUCGAGAGCAUUCACUCCGUGGGCUUCCUGCAUCGUGACAUCAAACCAUCCAACUUCGCUAUGGGUCGCUUCCCCAGCACCUGCCGCACAUGCUACAUGCUGGACUUCGGCUUAGCCCGCCAGUUCACUAACUCGUGCCAAGAGGUCCGACCGCCCCGCCCGGUGGCAGGAUUCCGGGGAACGGUGCGUUACGCGUCCGUCAACGCACACAAAAAUAAGGAGAUGGGUCGCCAUGACGACCUGUGGUCCCUCUUCUACAUGCUGGUGGAGUUCCUUGUCGGCCAGUUGCCGUGGAGGAAGAUCAAGGACAAAGAGCACGUGGGCAAAUUAAAGGACACGUACGACCACCGUUUGAUGCUCAAACACCUGCCGGCGGAAUUCGGCGUCUUCCUGGAGCACAUCUCAAGUCUGGACUACUUCACCAAGCCCGACUACCAGCUGUUGAUGUCAGUGUUCGACAGCAGCAUGAAGACGUACAACGUGGUGGAGAACGACCCUUACGACUGGGAGAGGACGGGCACGGACGGCACCCUGGUGAUCAGCGCCAGCGCCACCACGCCGCAGCACCACACCCGCCUCACGCCCGCGCACAUGGGCAUGGCCAACGCCUCCCUUAUUCCGGGGGACUUGAUGCGUGAGAACACCGAGGAGGUUCUGCAAGACGAGCAGCUCAGCGACGCCGACAACAACGUGGCCGCACCCGAACGCGUGGCGGGUUCUCCGGGCCACCCGCCGCGGACGCAGGAGGCCGACGUGUGGGAGGAGCUGGACCGCAACCGCAACCGGAUCCGCUCGGCCUUGUGGAAGGCUGCCGCCGAGGAGGAGCAAAGCAACCCCCAGGGCAACCAAGGCCACCCGAGCCCGUACGGAUGCCCCAGCCUGGCCUCGCCCGUCAAGAUGUCUUCAGAGGAGCGCGAGGGCCCUCUGCUCAGGAAGCUGCGCAACAUCCACAGCUUUGAGCUGGAGAAGAGACUCGGCCUGGAGUCCAAACCCAAUCCGGAACGCUUCCUCGAGGCCUGUCCCACAAAGCAGAUGCUCGGCUGCGCCCAGCAGCAGCAGCAACAACAACAACAACAACAACAAGAGGAGGAGGAGGGAGCCGAGGGGGCCGCCAUCAUCCCAGUAAACCAGGCUCUAGCGCCCCCUACCGGAGAGCGUCGCGAGCGGGUUUGGCACUACGACGAAGAGUUCCUUUCCGGCGGCCUUGGCGGGGGGUCUCCUAAAGCGCCGUCCCCCGCCUCUCCGGAGCACGGCGACGGGGCGGCCAGCAGCGGGGGCUUCGUGGCCCUCAACCUCAGCUCGGGCCGGCAGGACGUGGACUCGCGGGACUGGGUUCUAGUGGAGCGGCCCGGAACCAAGGCCAGCUCCAGCCCUUCCGAAGAAGAAGAGAAGGAGGAUGAAGAGCAGGCGGAGGUCCUGCAAGAACCCGGGUGGGACCGGGACGUGCCGAGCCCCGGCUCCGGGAAAGCAAAGCCAGACAGCUUGGGCUCCUCAAAGGGGAGCACGAAAGCCGACAAGCUGGAGCUCAGCGUGGGGCCCGCCGAGGCCUUGCCGCCCGUCACCCCCACCAGCCCCGCUGAAGUUCUGACCGAGGGGGUCCUCACCCAGCACCCUACCUCUCCUCCGUCCCUGCCCGAGGAAGUGGCCGCCCGGACCUCCGACCCCAUCCCUCUACGCUCCCCCAGCCCUUACACCCUCCUCAGCACCCUGUCGGACCCUCUCCACCUGCGCCAUCCGCUGGCCAUGAGGCGUAGCCAGUCUGCCGACCAGCACCGGGACCGCCCGCCGUCUUCCUCCUCUUGCCACGCUUCCUUGCCGCUUCCACCAAGACCCUCACCCAGUCGUAGGAAACUGCCCGCCAUACCGGCCGGCGCCGCCAACGCCAACUUCCCCUCCGUUAUACGUAUAACCAGGGCCCAGCUGCAGCAGUUGACGGCUCAGCGUCCGUCAGGGCUGUCCUCGUCGUCUGGGUCGAACAGCGCCCACCCGCAGCAGGGGGGUGACGAAGCCAAAGCGGAGCCCACCAGAGACUCCCCGGGGACGCCGCCGGUCAACGGGGACGCCUCAAGUCCGGUGCCGAGCUGCCGAAGCAGCUCCCCCCACUCGCCUCGCAGCCCUUCUUUGACCAACGGACGCCGAUCGCCAAGCCCUCCCUGCGCUGAGAAGGACAAUCCAGCCCCAGAAAAUGUGGGCAGCCGAGUUUCCCCCUCCGCCCCUCGCCCCCGGCAGAGUCGCAUCCCCGUGCUGGAACCCCCGCCCGCAGGCUCGGCCAAAGAAAAGCUCCUGCUGAAGAAAGCCAGCAAUCAGGCUCCGCUGCCGUCCCCCUCCGCCUCGCCGUCCUUCUCCGACCGCCGUCCCCCCGCUGCCGUGGCCUCCCUCGCCAGGGACCCGCCGUCGUCCGCCUCCGACCGCUCCCAGGAGGAGGACUCGCUCGUGGGCUCACGCUCGGACCGCCAGGGGGACGCCUCCUUGUCGUCGUCCUCCAGCCCCCUGUCCCGCCGGAGCAGGAUCCCUCGGCCUGUCCACUUGGCCUCGUCCGCCGAGCAGCUGGCCGCCCAGUUCCUGCCCCGCCCGCCUCCUGGGAAGCCGCCAUGCCGCAGCACGGUGGAGGGCAGGAUCCGGCGCUACCGCAUCCGAGCGGGCAGCACCAGCGAUUCAGACCUCCUGACCUGCCUGGCUCAGCUAAUGCACGGAGCCCGCGGCUCUCCCGCGGCCCACCACCGCCCCUCGAUUCCCUCCGCCGGUUCCCGGACGACGGGCGUCAGCAGCCUGACCGGCUCGCCGCACCACGUCCGCAGCUCCAGCGCCUCGCCUCGCAGCUCGUCCUCGCUGCAGCGCUCCGUCAGCUCCUCGCCGUCCCGCCAAGAGCACCGCGGCAGCUUCGGAGGAGCGGGGGGCUGUCUGGGCCGCAGCCGCUCGCCGCCCAGCUUUUCCGGAUCGCCUCCGCUGCGCCGCCUCUACCACCACCACCAGGAGACGUGCUGCGGCCGUCAGGCCCGCGCCGCCGCCUUCCAGCUGUCCAGGGGGAAAGGGUGCAGUCGGGAGGGCAAGUGCUCCAGCAAGCUCGCCAGAUAGUUGCCCGGAAGGCGGACAAAGAACAGUUUUCGGUAUCUCUCCUUGUCUUUCCGAACCUCAUACCGCCCUCUUGUCCUGUAACCUUUUCUAAUAUUCAUGUUAUCGUGUUGGAUAACAAAAUAGUGCAGCUGCAAUUUUAUUUCCUUUCCAAGGAUCAGUAGUUGGUACUGUAGCACAGUGUUUCCCAACCUUUAUUGAGCCAAGGCACAUAUUUUACAUGGGAAACAUCCACAGCACCAAACAAAAAUUAUCGAUCCAGUAGUGGGGACUAAGCUCUGCUGCGGUUAAAAAACAAAACAAAACAUCAAAAAACAAGUUAUUCAGUAAUUCAAAUAUCAUUUCAAACUCAUCUUACACUUACCCUUAAAUAAAAAUGGGAUGACGGAUUUGAAUCGGAAAACAAAAUGCACCGGAAGUGCGCAUGCAUGUCAAUGUGAUGAAGACGCUCUAACACCCACUAACAACCCAGGCUAAACCUAGCUCUUCCCCGAGAUACACAGCUUGUCUCUCAGUCAGCGUGCUUCAUUAACACCGAUUCUUGUUCACACGGAGCCUUGGCGGAAUCUUGUGCCAUCUGAAGGCAUUUCAGAAAGAGCGCAAAACACGCGAAUACGAGCAAUCCGGAACACAAAACUCAUAUGCUGACAGGAAGCAAUGACUUAUUGUGUUGCAGGAAUGGCAACGUGGACAAACCUCUAAGGGAAGAGCAUUUCAUUGUUGUGCCUGUCACUAUACGUCGAUGGCAUAGAUAGCUGAACAAAGAAACAUUAUUUGUAGUAAAGAAUCAUUUUCCGACCAACUCAAUGAAAUUGGAUCAUUUCCCGCGGCACAUUAGUGGUUGGGAAUCACUGCGGCGUAUAGCGUACUGUGUAAGUCGCUUCUCUGUUCAUUUAUUUCACAUCCACAGCGCAGUGUAUAGUCAAUUAUUUAUCACUAGUAUUAAUGCACUCGGUUUGCAUAUUGAGACUGUUUCAGUAUAGCCAGGCUGGUUUUUUUGACCAAGCCGUUCCGCGGUGUACAGUUGUAUUCAUCGAGAAUACACAUUUUGACGCUUCUCAUUGCUGAAACAAGUCUCUUGUUUCUGCGCGUAUGCUUAAAUGGAAAGAAAUUGUUACGAAGAUACAAUCAGUCGUGUCUAGUGCGUGGAAACACACGAACCUUCCUGUGCCUACUGUCGUCCAUUUUACCUUAUGCAGCCUGUCCAAACCGGGAUUUAUCCACUUUUUUUGUGGUCAAGUGGUUGCACCAAUAUUCUGACUUUGGAGCUCGUAACAGCAGCCCCUUUCACACCAACUGAAAGCUGGCAUUUUUGCGUGUCGCCUUUCUGUACAAACGGGGAAUGGGUUGACUCAGCUCAGAAGCCCUUUUUACGCUACCGGUGAGUCGACCUGGCAAAUAUUCUGCUUCCGUAGUAACAGUAGUAGUCGUAACAGAAGCCGCUUUCACACAAUUUGUAAGUAGUACCAGAAAGGCGCUUGUGUGCAGUGGAAUUCCAGAAAAUGCCAGGACGAAGGUGGGAAAUUUAACAGCCAACAAUCGCUUCUCCCACCCUGUUGCGCUGAAAGCAGUUGUCACUAUCCGACACUUAUUUUACACGUCGCGCCAAAUGCCGAGUCCUGUGUGAAAGGCGAAUAAAUGCCAGGUGUCUUGCCUUACAAUUUUGCAGGAUCUUUGUGUGAAGGGGGCUUGUGUUGCUAAGAAACAGGAACUGAAUUCGCCGACUUGUUAUUCCUUGUAAUAACAGUAGAAUCGAUAAGCGCAGUCAACACCAAGAAAAUUGCUGAUUAAUGAGUUCAUUUUUCCAGGCACUGGCAUCAAUUCGGGUACUUUUUGUCCAGCUGUGUUGUAUUUUAAAAGCCAGAAUGGGAUGACACAGUUUAGCAACGCUCAUUCCAACGUCUCAUCCGAAUUAUAAGCACUCGAGUGGGGGAUAAAAAAUGGAAUGACAUGCAAAAGAUAACCACGUUUUAAUUCCAGCACUCAAGCUUCUUCUCCGCUUGUACGAUGAACAGCUUCUUCUCCCCCACCACGUUAAUUAAUUCCCGCAUGCUUAAUCCACUACUAAGACAAAAUAUGAUGCAUCUUUUUACCUCACUGUGACCAACAUGUUCAAAAGCUUCUUGCGCAAACUUCAUGAUGAUGAUCAAUUUUACAUUCUGUGACCUGGUUCUCGUCCGGCAAAUUUGAGUUGGAUUUCUUAUCAAAAAUUAAACAGUAAAUAGUGGGUGACUGACAUUAUUUGGGGCCUACCUGACCAUGCCUUGAAGUGAGGACAUCAUGUUGCAGAGUUUUACGGGGUCCGUUGGUGCUGCUGUUUUGGCAAGCAAUGGCAUUAGAAAAUGGACUUCGCGGUUAAUGGAUGAGAUAAUUACCGUCAUGGUAUUUUUUUUAAUGAUCUGAAAGGAGGUGUGUUAUUUGAGGCAGGCUCAGGUACAAUGGGGAUGGUCUCUUUUUGAUGAAAUACACUCAUUUUAUUGGAAUGGAUUUAGCAAAUGGAGCGAGGCAGCAAAGCAGAGACUAUGGAGUUCAACGCCGCAGCGUCCACACGCAGCACUUAAGGCACCGCACCGAGCGAAGCUAAUGUUAGUGUGUUUGUUCCUGGCUCCAUAUCCUCAAAUGUUAACGACGACGAAUCUGCUCGACCAAUCGGUUUGGAACCCCGAUUGACGUAGUCCUAGAAAUAGUACCUUGUUUUUGUGGUGGAAAUCAGGCCAAAAGCGAGUGGAGCCGAGUAGGUACCGUACAAUGAAAAAGGGGCAUAUUUUUCUGCACUGACUUUGUAUGAUUGUCUUUUUUUAAAUUUUAUUUUAUUUUAUUUUUUUAAAUAAUGGACUGCAUCCCCCCACACCCCCCACAAUUUGUGUUUUUCCCUCUUGACUUAUUCAAAUAGGCUGCACAGACGGAUCACGUUGCCAAAUAUUUUGAUACGACAUAUGCUCCGAAGGGUCACGUGAGCGUGUGGAGCUGCUUGUCGGCGUCCAACGGGCCGCUUUUUCGGCAGUCGACUUUCGGUACGCCUCUCCUCCGGCCCAUCUGAGACGCAAAAAGGUCAUUUUUCGCAUUGUACAAUAAUCUCCGACACAUUUUAAACAGGCUACAGCUGAAGUUAGCUUGAAGUAACACUAAAGCAGCUUCUUUGAAAAGACCGUCACGUUUUUCGUUAUUAGCGUACACAAGUGGCGUGCAGUCGUAGCGUUAGCGCAUUUUGUUUGUCGGAUUAGAAAGGGGUUGUUGUACUUUUAUGAAAUACUUGACGUUUUAUUUAUUUUUCGUGACAUUUUAAUGAUUAUUGACAUCUGUUAUUUGAAUGGGUAUUUAUUUUUUAUUACUAAUUGUGUAUGUGUGUCUUUUAAUCCAUAAAAGUCUCCAUGGGAAAGAAUGUACCAUCUUUUGCAUUGUAUAUAAUUGUAAUUAUUUAUGUUGAUGAUUUUAUUUGUAUCAUAUCAAUGCCUUGUACAGUGAUUUUUCUUUGUUUUUGUUUUUUUUCCUUUUGAAAUUAUUUUGUAUUUUAUUUUUCUAAACUGGUUAUGAAUAAAAUACUCAUUCCGCAUGCAUAAUCA